GCCAUGCAUCUGUGUAUGCAUCGCAGCCGCCAUGCAGAUAAGCAAGCUGCAGUAUCAAAGCUACUAUAUCAGGAACGCCGCAACUGCCCAACCCAAAUUAACUUUCUGCCAAUGUAACCCAAAGCUCGUGUCAAGUCGGUUAGAACGUAGCUGUCUUCUAGAAAGGCCAGCUUUGGGCCCACCUUUGGUGCUCGUACCCUGGUUCCGAGCUCCUGCGCUCCACUGCUCUCUACCCAACCGGUGGGGACUUCGCGGCGUUGUCCAGAUUUGGCUGUUUCAGAAGGGGGGGUUUUAUUUCUCAAGAGCUAAUCUGCUGAUUUUGUUUAUUUGGGUGAAAGGAUUUUGGGUGUUGUGUGGGGAGUGUGAGUGUUUUCUUGUUUAGCUUGCAGUAGUGUGGUGGCUAUUAACAUGGUUAAUAGGAAUGUUGUAUGGAUAUUCGGCUUGGGAUUCUGUUAAGGUUAUUUGUCUAGCCAGAGCUGGAUAUAAGGUACUCAGCUGUCGAAUGAAGUAGGCUUUUGGGCACAGUUCACAUUUCUGAGG